GCUCCUCCGCUCAUUUCUCCCUCCCGCCAUCCUCGGGCGGACGCAGAGCGGUCUCCUCCGCCAGCAUUCGAGCUCGGUUCUCCCUCGCCGUGGCCCCCCCUUUCCCUUCCAGGGGUCCCCCCAGUCCCAGGCUGCAGAGUGUCGGGGGUCAGGCUCUGAGCACCCCCCCCCCCUUCCCCGGGGCAGUAACCAUGAGCCUGGAGAGCGAGAGCCAGGAAGAAGUGAGCAGUUCUAGCUGUUUCUCCUCCCUUUCUAGCGGUUACGAAACUCUCUCUUCACAAGAAAGAGAAAGUAUAUCAGAGAGUCUUGAUUCUUCUGAGGAUGCUUCUCCAGAGCUCCAACCAGGAGAAGAUAGUUCCGAGAGCAGUACUGAAACAGAGUCUGAGAGUGAAGAGUCAAGGCUGGAAAUAGGAAAGUCAAGUGAGGAGCACACUGAGUCUUCCACUGAGGAGUCUCCCACUGAGGAGUCUUCCACUGAGGAGUCUUUGUUCUGCCAAGUGGAAGACUUUACCAAAGAAGACUUUCAGCCUCCUUUCCAAGAAGAGUUUGGCAUUCCUCCCGUGCAUUGUGAACACUGCAUUGCUGAAAAUAAGCAGAAUGAGCAGGUGAUGCCCAGGCUGCUGUCCAGGGGACAAUUUUUGUUGAAGGUGGACUGUGAAGGAACGUACCAGUGUGUCCGGACAGGCCUGGUCUUUGAAGUCAACAAGAAGACUGACAUCAAGUAUUCCAUCUUGUCCUGGAGCAAAUAUGCUGACUUGGUGGUCAAGCCCUGGAUUGUUGGAGGGCCCUUAUUUGAUGUGAAAUGUGACCCAGCCAUUCUCGUCUCCAUCCAGUUUCCACACUCCCUUUGCCUGGGCUACCAUGAAUCCUCAAUGACCUUCAAAGUGUUCCACAUCACAAAGUCUGGUCCUGCCCUCGAAUCCACCAUAGAUCACUCUACCACCCAUGUCAAGUGGCAUGUGAGCUCCCUUUCUCCAGUGGGGCCAGUCAUUCAAACCCAGGAAACUGUGCAACAUCAUGGGGCGGUGAUUUUAUACAAAGUUAUUGAUGACCAUCCAUCCUUGUCCUUUCGCGUUUACGUUGCCACCAAUAACGACUCCUUCAUCAAGGAUAUCGCCAAAGCUGUCAAACACUCUUCCAAGAAGUUCAUGAAGAUCGACAAGCCUCCAGGUUGCCUGAAACUGCUAGAGAAUGGGAAACGGUACCGCCUGGUCAGUGAGCCAGAAGUCGAGAUCAACCCAGAGGAAAUUGAAUUUGUUGAUGGUUCCCUUCUAAAGUUGAAAAGUUACAUCGAAGUCUUUUUGGAGCAACCUUUGGAGUUUAAGUUGUCUUUAGUUGAACUGGAUUCGGAGGAAAUUGUAUGGAAAGCCAAACUCCGAGAAUGUGACUGGGUCCAACAUGAUCAGAACCAGAAUAUUCAGAAAAACAGCAGCAACAUUACCAGAAGAAGGAAAAGAAAUGACAGUUUAUCUGAAGAGGACUUGUACAGGAAAAGAAAAAAGCAGACUGAUACUUCAGAUGCCCCCAAGAAGGACGCGCUAUUAGAUAAGCAAUUGAUGAAUCUUGCUAAGAAAUUCGGGAAGGAGUGGAUUCAAGUUGCCAUUGCCAACUUGGGAUUAGAAAUUGCUGACAUCGAUGCCAUUCAGGAAAAGUAUGAAGACAUCACGGUUUGCAAGUUCAGGAUGCUGAAGAAAUGGCAAGAGAAAGAACGGGAUAACGCCACUGCCAGGAAUCUCUACAACUGCCUAGAAAGCGAUGCUUCUUUGGAGAUCCUUGGUAUCUUGAAAGGUUUCUUGGAGUAGAUAUGAGGUCUCAGAAGAGGAGCUACAAAAACAGGAACCUCAGGAAGCUUUCUGAAGAGUUUAGACCAUUCAAAGUGGCCAUUAUUUGAUGCAUUUGUUAUUAAUGCCAGUAAGAAAGCUAGCCCAAAUUAACACAAAUGCACCUUCCUUCUGUUAUUUAAUACAGAACCUGACAUGCACUUUGGCACACACUCACACACACUCUCACACACACACACACACACACACACACAUGCAUGCAUACACAUGCACACUGUCUCCUAUUUGUCCUGGGAUUCCUUCUACCCUGGAUAGUGUGUAUUUUUUAAAUGGGAUUUCAUUUUCACCUGUACCAUGGCUAAGCCUUGAGAUUGAUUGGAUGGCAAACAGCCCACUUGCUUUAAAUUGUUGAAUCGUGUUCAUCCUCACUCAGGGUGAAUGGAAAGGAAUGGAAUUCCCUUUUACCUUCAUGACCAUGUACAGAUUAAAAAAUGAUUUUCUUCUGUCAAAGACUUUCAGGCUGUUUAUUUCCAAAGGGUGUGUACAAGUCAACCACUACAGUCACUUAACUUUCAAGCUGAAAUUCCUGCCUUGCCAGGAGCAAGACACUGACACCUGAGUGAAUCCAAGGAAAAAUUGUCAUCUCUUCUUGUGGAAGACAUUCCCCAAGGAAUUAAAGGCCACAUUGGCCCUCUUUACUUAUUGAUCUGUUCUUUUGUGUGAUACUAUUGCAAAGCCCAUUGGCCCUCUGAAUCUGGUUAUUUGAGGGGUCUAGAGUAUUGCCAAUUGUAUUAUCUACAAUCAUGUGUGAGAAACAGGAAUGACUAAGAGAUCUUUGGUCUGUAUAGAACUGGAAAAGAGGAGGCCAAUGUCAACAGGACCUCAACAGAAGUGAAAUACGACUUUCACCUACACUGUUUCAUACACUGUAUUAAAGAUAACACUCUUGGCUGUUCAAAAAAACAAUUCUUGCCUAUGGAUCUGGAUUAUUUUUAAUAUUCAGGAAUCCAUUUGGAAUCUGUUUCUUUUUGAUAUGUGAUGUAGCUAGAAAACAAGGAUGGGGGGCAGGAAGGGGAUGGUAGGCUUUUUAUACUAUGUGAAUGGGCUAAGUUUAAUUUUUAUUUUGAGAGUUUUUUAAAUAAACUAAAUAAGAAAUGUUCAUUUGAAGAAUGAAAUAAUGUAAUAAUUUCCUCUGGUUUUGUCUGCAAUUUGUUCACAGAUGGGAGAGGAGAAAAAUAAAUCUGCUUAUGUAUAGAAGUGUGUGUCUCCUUAUUCCCAUAUAUAUUUAUGCUGAUUGUAUACAUUGGUAUUGUAAGGAAUUAAUUGUGAUUUGGAGUUUUUAUAACCCCAUCUUUGCUUCAUCUUGGUCAGACUGAAAAGAUACAAGCUUUAAAAGGCUACGAGAAGAUGGGUGUGUACUUUAAGAGGUUAUAGAACAAACAACACAAAAAACAUUUAUUGAGUCAAAGUAUCAAACUAAGUACUUAAGCCUCAUCUAGAAGUUCCCCCAUGACCAUAUGGAUGUGGCCAAAUUAUAAUGGGGGGGGGGGAAGGGAGAGAAAGAGAGAGAGAGACAGAGACAGAGACAGAGACAGAGACAGGUGGUGGUGAGUUUGUGUUGUUGAAGCAAAGCUGGCUCAUUAAGCCAGCUGAGCUGGAAACAAGUUUAGAGUUUGAGUUAGUUUUUGCCAGACCCAAGCUGUUCUGAGUGGUUGAGGAAAUAGAGCUUAUUUGAGGUACCUGGGGGCCUUUUUACCCUAGAGAUUUAGGUUCUAACUAUCUGGGAAGAGGGUAAUAUUUUUCUCUUUCUCUAUCCCCUUUCUCAUUGUACCUGGCUUUAUUAACUCCACUUGUGUUGUAUUAU